CGCUCUGUUAUUAGCUCUGAUAUCUUUACAGUUAAAUGAUAAAUUAUUCCUAGUAAUUAAUUCUUAAUAAUAAGAAUCCUUUGUUAAUGAAUAUUUUAUUAAACAUAUUUUUAUAAUUCUGUUGGUGGAGUGAUAACUUUUUUCAAUUCAGGCGUUCAAAAUGGCCGACCCUACGGAUUUCACAAAAUUGAGAUGUAGUUCAUAAUUCUCGCUCUCGAACUAAUGAGCUAUAACGAUUUAUAAGGUUUAUCCAAAUUUAUCUUUCUUGCGAUGAGAAGAUACUUUGAUGGAAUAUUGUGGCCAACUGAUACAUUGAAUGGUGUUCAAUCUAAUUUACCUCCAACUUCCAGUGCAGACUUGAGUGUGAUGCAUAACUCUUCAAUGAUGCCUACAGCAUCUCACAAUAUGGUGCAGCAGGCACCAGCACAAAUUAGGGCUAACAAUUAUCAGCAAAUGAUGUACGGUCGGGAUGUUGUACCAAUGCCUGUUAAUGCAAGAGCAGCUACUGCUGGAACUGUUUAUCCCCCUGCAAUGUACUACCAAAAUAUCAAUCGUGGUUUUACGAAUUCAAUCCAUGUUCCUGCAGAUGUCAGAUUCAAACGCUUGCCAUUUUAUGAUAUAAAAGCUGAAUUAUUAAAACCUUCAAGUUUAGUGCCGCAAACACCGCAAAGAAUUCAGGAAUGUACAUUUUCCUUUACACUAACUGCUGAACAAGCUACUAAAAUUGCAUCAGGCAGAGAUGCUAGUAAUCCUAGCAAAGUAGAUUACCCAACACAGGUUCAAAUGAGGUUUUGUUUGUUGGAUCCAAGUUGUGAACAAGAUGAUAACUUUCCUCCAAAUGUCGUAGUGAAAAUCAAUAACAAACUGUGUCAGCUUCCUAGUCCUAUUCCAACAAACAGACCUAAUGUUGAAGCUAAAAGGCCAUCUAGACCAGUUAAUGUUUCAAAUUUGGUGAAACUUAAUCCCUAUGUUGCAAAUGUUGUAAAUGUGUCUUGGGUACCUGAUUAUAAUAAGCCUUAUUCGAUAACUAUAAAUCUAGUAAAGAGAUUGACUUCAAGUGAUUUACUACAAAGAUUGCAAGAAAAAGGCCUGAAGCCACCGGAGUUUACUCGAGAUCUGAUUAAACAAAAAUUAAAUGAUGACAGUGAUGAUAUAAUGACUACAGUUUUGAAUGCAUCUUUAACUUGUCCUGUUGGAAAAAUUCGUAUGGUAACUCCGUGUCGUCCAUCAACUUGUGAUCAUCUUCAGUGUUUUGAUGCAAGUUUAUUUUUGCAAAUGAAUGAGAAAAAAGCAACGUGGAUUUGUCCGGUUUGCGACAGGCCUGCUUUAUAUGAUAAUUUAAUGAUAGAUGGCUAUUUUCAAGAACUUAUACAAUCUCCAACAUUUAUAUCAGCUAAUGUUAAUGAAGUUAUAUUAUUGAAAGAUGGAUCAUGGAGUAUAGAAAAAAAAGAGCCAAUAGUGCAAAAGAAAACUUCAAAAACUAGUGUAGAAAUAAUUUGUGAUGAUGUGGAAAUCAUAUCAGUGGAGGAUUUUAAAGGUGAUGAACCCACUAGUACUACAACUACGGUACAACCAAAUGCUCCUUCUACUACUUCUGAGAAAAAAACAAACGAAACAAUUGUGGAUCUGACAAUAAGUGAUUCUGAAGAGGAUGCGCCCCCAAAAAAGGAUAAAGAGCCUUCUGCAGCUCAGCCAACUUCACAACAACUACCUCCAGCUAGUAGUACUAGCAGCGCAGAUCCUGUGGUCUCUAAUAGAAGUACAAGAUAUGGUACUAGAUUAAACUCUGCCAACCUUACUUCAUCAGUAACAAGUUCAUUGUCGAGCAGUGGCUAUAGCAGUUUUGCUUCAAAUCCUGCUCACAGUACAUCAGUUGAUCGUGAUCAAGCAAGUUUGUAUCAAGUAUAUCCUAGUUCUAAUACUACUUUGGCACACCAAGGCAGCUAUGUGAAUACUGUGCCUUUAAAUUUAGCAGGAUUUGAUCCAAGUGUCACGAAUAAUUAAAGCUU